AUGGAUUACCUCAAGAGAACAUUCUUCGGCAAAGACGAUAGAGACUUUAUGCAUGCCGUCGUACCAAUCGCAACAGAGCGACGCCAGUCCAAUGAGGUAAAGGCUGAAGACAAUCUUACCGAUGUCAAGGCCGAUGACUCUACAAGCUCCAUCGGAGAAAAGUCAUCACACAUCCAGCACUCUGAAAAAUCAACAACCACUCUUGAGUCACUGAGAGCUGAGGUUGAUUCUGAUGUUGCCACUGAAGGGCACAAUACUGCCUAUGACCGCAAGUCCAAGGUCAUCAACAAAGCUAUCCAGGAUAUGGGAAUGGGCACCUAUCAAUGGAAGCUCUUCACUCUCUGCGGCUUCGGCUGGAUGGCAGACAACCUUUGGCUGCAGGGCGUUGCCUUGACCCUUGACCCUAUUGCCGCCGAGUUCGGCGUUGACACGAACCAGGUUCGCUACACCACUCUUGCCCUGUUUGUGGGUCUCUGCAUUGGUGCCAGUUUCUGGGGUAUCAUCUCAGACAUCAUCGGUCGUCGCUACGCUUUCAACAUGACUCUGUUCCUUGCUGGAACCUUCGGUCUUGCCGCUGGUGGUGCCGACAGCUGGAUCUGUGUUUGCGCUCUCUACUCCUGUAUCGGUCUUGGUGUUGGCGGUAAUCUCCCUGUCGACGGCGCCUUGUUUCUCGAAUUCUUGCCCGGCGAGUCCAACUACCUGCUCACCCUUCUCUCUAUCUGGUGGCCCGUUGGUCAGCUCAUCUCCUCUCUUCUGGCCUGGGCUUACAUUCCUAACUUCUCUUGCGCUGCUGAUGCCGUUGUCUGCACCAAGGCUGAUAACUGGGGUUGGCGCUACUUUGUUCUUACCUUGGGUGCCAUUACAUUCUGCAUGUUCAUCUUCAGAUUCUUCCUCUUUGACCUGUUCGAGUCACCCAAGUUCCUGCUCUCUCGUGGCCGCCAGGCCGAGGCUGUCCGCGUUGUUCAGGGUAUUGCUGCUCACAACAAGACUACUACGUGGUUGACCGAAGAGAUCCUGAACCAGAUUGGCGGUGAUCCUGAUGUGACUGAGGACCACAAGCUCAGCACUGUCGACAUUGUCAAGCGCGCUGCCGGCAAGUUCUCUACCCAGCGCAUUGCUCCUCUCUUCCACGGCUGGAAGCUUGCUGCCACCACCUGCCUGAUCUGGUUCGCAUGGGCCACUAUUGGCAUGGGUUACCCUCUCUUCAACGCUUUCCUGCCUCAGUAUCUUGCCAACAACGGUGGUGGUGGCUCCAACUCUGUUUCAACCACUUACCGCAACUACGCAAUCACAUCGAUUGUUGGUGUCCCUGGAUCUUUCCUUGGCUGUUACACUGUCAACCUGAAGUACAUUGGACGCAAGGGAACGAUGGCCAUCGCAACUGCCAUUUCUGGCAUGUUCUUGUUCCUCUUCACAACUAGCACCAGCUCUGGUACCCAACUCGCCUUCUCUUCUCUCGAAGCCUUCUUCCAAAACAUCAUGUACGGUGUUCUCUAUGCAUACACACCCGAAGUGUUCCCCGCUCCCAACCGUGGCACUGGUACUGGUAUUUCGAGUUUCUUCAACCGUCUCGCCGGACUUUGCGCGCCCAUCGUGGCGGUCAACGCAGCCAGCGCCAACCCCAACGCACCCAUCUAUGCAUCGGGUGGCUUGUUCUUUGCUGCCUUUGUUGCCCUCUGCUUGCUUCCAAUCGAGACCAGAGGCAAGCAGACAUUGUAA